AUGGCGACUCCUCUCUCGCCAACCGCCGUGGUGAUGGCACUGCUGCUGGCCUUGCUGGCCGCGCUCUCCUCGGCGCACGAGGACCACCACCACGCGCCGGCUCAAGCGCCGAGCCCCGCUCACCAUCAUGGCCAUCUUGCCCCCGCGCCGAGCGCUCAUCAUCACCACGCUCCUGCCCCGUCGCCGAGCCACCACCAUCACCACCACGCUCCUGCCCCGUCGCCGAGCCACCACCAUCACCACCACGCUCCGGCCCCGUCGCCGAGCCGCCACCACCACCACCAUGCUCCGGCCCCGUCGCCGAGCCACCACCACCAUCACCACCCUCCGGCCCCGUCGCCGAGCCACCACCACCAUCACCACGCUCCGGCCCCGUCGCCGAGCCACCACCAUCAUCACCAAGCUCCGGCGCCUUCGCCGAUCCACCACCAUGCUGCGGCCCCGUCGCCGACCCACCACAUCGACGCCGACGAGCUGGACACUGCUACAAUCACGGAUGUCGACGAGCUGCACAAGGCACCAAGCCCGCACCACCACGGCCACCACGCUACAGCACCGGCGCCGGCUCACCACCACCACCAUCGCCAUCGCCAUCAUCAUCAUCACCAUGCUCCGGCGCACUCUCCGUCCUCGUCGGCAUCCGGCCCCAACCAUACCGAGCGGCUUGGCAGCGCACAAGUUACAGCGGCGGCUCACGCGCCCACUCAGCACUCCCCUGCGCCGUCACCACAUCAUCACGCGCCCGCCCCAGCGCCUGGUCCGGCAAGCUCCUCUUCCCGUCACGCCGUCUCCGGCGGAGUUGGUCUGCUCGGCGCGGUCGCCGUGUCCGCUGUUUUGUUGCUUCUUUAG